AUGGCUCGCUCUAUCGCCCUCGCUGCCCUUCUCUACACCCUGCCUAUCGCGGCAAAGACCGACAUCGACGGCUGCACUUCCUUCACCAGCACCGUGACCGUCCGACCCGAACCCGGCUACGGAAACACGUACCAGAAGGUCAUCUGGUACGUCUCCGACACUCUCGAAAUCUGCGAAGGAGUCGACUGCGGUGGCGGCCGAGCUCCUCCCAAGAGCGUCCCAGGAUGUCCUCUAUACAAGGGCACCGAGACCGUUACACCCCGAUUCCUUGAUAGCGACCCCAUGGCGGAGGAGACUGCUGCCGCUGAGCCUUUGAGCCGUAGUGGUUCGGUCCUUGUGUCUGGAGUGUGGUACUCUGAUUCCGACACGACUAUUACCGAUACUGCCGAUUACACCGGUAUCGCAAUUACUGCCCCCAUGACCACCGAUGCUACUUCGACUGUUACCAAGAUUUCUGCGACUGCUGCCGAUGCUGCUGAGACUACCGAUGUUGAGAGCCUCACCUUUGUUACUGAUAGCCCCACGGCUACUGGUCACAAGAAUGCUACUGCCACCGGUUCCGAGGAUGCCACUGACGGAUCUGCCAAGCCUUCUUCCGUCGAUGUCGACAAUGCUGGUGCUGGAGUUAUGGUCAAGGCUGCCGGUGUUCUCGCUGCUGUCGCCGGUGCCAUUGUUGUGGCUCUGUAG